AAAUAAUAAUUGUGCAUAGUUUUUUAUUUUAUUAUUUUUUUAUUGUUUUAUUUUUUAUUUUUUUUUUAAAAAUGGAAAAUUAUAUUAAAAAUACAUUAGAAUUACUUGAUAUUGAAAAAGAAUCAGAAGUAAAUGAAUCGAUUGAAAAUUUUUCAACAUUAUCGAAUAAACAAUUAGAAUUAAAAGGUGUAACAAUUAAAAAGGUUAGAAUCGAUUCGAUUUCUAGUGGUUUAGGAGGUAGAUCAUUGUUAAAGUUUGUUCCACCAGAAUACACAAAUUCUUCAACCAAUAAUGCAAAUAAAGAUAAUAGUGGUGCAAAUAAUACAAAUAAUGAUGACCGUUUACCAAAUGAAUUACCACCACAUAAAUUUACCCCGGGUGAUAUAGUUGGUAUUAGAGGUUCAAAGUCUAAACCGGGUACAAAUCAUUUGGUAACUGGUGUUGUAUAUAAAGUAGACUCUUUAAAGUUGGUUGUGGCUGUGGAUGAUCUAGAUUCAUCAGAUAAGGAGGGACAGUUAAGUGCAAGUGCAUUAUUAGACGAUCAAUAUGAUUCAAUGUUAUUUGCAAUCGAUAAGCUCGCCAAUGAUGUAACCUACAAAAAGAUAAAGGAGGCUUUGGAAAAGUUAAAAUCUAGUUACCAUGGUGAAAGUGGCCAAUACAAGUAUAAACAGCGUUAUCCAGAUCAAUGUUCAAUGAUUAAUCCAACUAGAAUCGGUCAUCCAACUAGAAUUCUUCCACAAUUAUUAAAGCACACAUUAGACCACAAAACAAAAAAUGGUGAAAAUGCUCAGGUUAUUAGAGAUUUAAGACAAGAGAUUUCAGAUUUAACAAAGAAAAUUAAAACUUUUAAAUUACCAUCAGAAAGAAAAUCAACCCAAUCACAGAUUAAACAGCUACGUAUUGACUUAAGACACCGUGAAAAAUCAUUGGUUGAACAGGUUAUUAAAAGUUCAAAUAUUAUUUUAUCUACAAAUACUGGUGCAUCAGAUUCAUCUAUAAGAGGUAAUGAUGAUUUCGAUUGGGUAGAAUUUUAUGAAUCUAAAAUGAUUGCCGAUAGUUCAGUAGCCAAUCACUUGUUGGUAAGCAAUGGUGAUAAAAUAAGAAGCACAUUAACUACAACCUCCCCAUUGUUAUUAAUUGAUACAAGCGGUUGUGAUAUGGAAGAGAGUCAAGAUGAUGAGGGUGAGUCCAAGUUUAAUCAAGGUGAAGUUUCAGUAGUAAAAAGACAUAUCGAAAAAUUGGUUGAGUGUAAUGUAUCACCAAAUAACAUUGGUGUUAUCACACCUUAUAAUGGUCAAGUUAAGCUAUUAAAAUCUCAUCUUUCAAAAUCAGCUUUAGAGUAUACAGAGCCAGAGUUUCUUGCAAGCGACGAUGAUAUAUGGGAUGAAAAUCUAAAAGGUGAUCAAGAUGAUAAUAACAUCACAUCGGAAAACAAGGACGAAUCUAAAAAGCAACACGAUUUAGGUAAAAAAUCAAAAGCUGAAUUAUAUAGAGAAAAAAAGAAUAAAAAACAACAGGAUGAUAAAGAAAAACAACAUAUGAAAGAUCAAAAUAUAAAUAUAAAAGAAAAAGAGAAAUUAAUAGCUCAUUUAGAUUCAAUUGUAAAUACAUUUAUAAAUUCAUCAUUACCAUCACAUAGUUUCCCAUCAACACUUUCGUCAUUGGAAAGAUUGGUUGUGCACGAGUUAGCAGAGAAAUAUAAACUAAAUCAUGAAAGUAUAGGCGAAGGUGAGAAUAGAAUAAUAACAAUUUCGAAAAAACCAAAACAACUUCAACAACAACAGCAACAAACAGAUAGCAAAGAUGAUAGUGAUAAUGAACAGGACAAUGAAGAGGAUUAUCAAGAGGAAGGUGAUGAGGAAGAAGAUGGUACAACAAAAACCACAACAGCAGGCCCAGUAAAUAAAUCAAAGAAAAAGAAAAAGAAAUCAAAGAAGCCAGCUACCACUAAUAACCAACCAUCAAAACCAACAGAAUCAUCUAAAAAGAAACCUGUAGAGAAAAAAUCAGCUGAUCAAUUAUUAAAAGAAUUUGAGGCCAUCCAAAUUAAAGAAGUUAAUCUUAGUAUUUGUGGAUUUAAAAAUUGUGGUAAAAAUGUAGAAGUAUUGGGUAGGGUAUGUCAAUUUUGUUCCCAUAAGUUUUGCACUCAGCAUUUCCUAUAUGAAAUUCAUGGAUGUGGUGAUAGAGCAAAGGCAAAGGCAAGAGAGGAUUGGUUCAAGCAACAUGCCGAUGCAAAAAAGAACGUGGUUGCUCAUGAAAAAUUACAAAAAUCUAUAAAUGAUCAAGCUAGUUCAAGAAAAAAGAAAACCCCAUCAAAAAAAUAAUAAAUAUACAAUUAAAUAUAUUUUUGAUUUU